UAAUGUAAAAUAUACGUGUUUUGUAGUAAAUGGGCCUAAACGCAAAACAUGCAAUGUUACUAGCACAACUGGGCCAUUCUGUCAAUGCCACGUUGCGUCCAGUAGUAGGCACACGUUGCCUACUACUGCUGCUCGUUGGCACCAGGUAAAUAAUAAACUCGCUUGAGUUUACCCUUCCAAGAUGACGGACCGUACGACGUCGCCAGAUGAACACUGGAAAACUGACGGUGCUUUCAGCGACAACGGCUUUGAUCAUAAUUUCUUUGCAGAGACUGCAACAAAGAGUACUGUUGUCUCCAGGGCCAACAGCAUCGGAUCCACAAGUGCCUCCUCAGUACCAAAUACAGAUGAUGAAGACAGUGACUACAGGCAUGAGACAUCAUAUAAAAACUCCUAUAAAGACAGACGAAGACAAGCACACACACAGGCUGAACAGAAACGAAGGGAUGCUAUUAAGAAAGGUUAUGAUGACCUUCAGUCCAUAGUGCCCACCUGCCAGCAGCAGUCUGAAUUUGCUGUGGGAACACAGAAAAUAAGCAAGGCCACCAUACUGCAGAAGACCAUUGACUACAUCCAGUUUCUUCACAAGGAGAAGAAGAAGCAAGAGGAGGAAGUGUCCACACUGAGGAAGGAAGUGAUGGCCCUAAAGAUCAUGAAAACGAACUAUGAGCACAUAGUGAAGGCCCACCAGAACAACCCCCAGCAAGGGGAGGAGCAGGUGUCUGACCAGGUCAAGUUUAGCAUCUUUCAGAGCAUCAUGGACUCCCUGUUCCAGUCCUUCAGCAACUCUGUAUCAGUGAACAGUUUCCAAGAACUCUCGGCCUGCAUCUUCAGUUGGAUCGAGGAGCACUGCAAGCCCCAGACUUUGAGGGAGUUCGUGCUCGGAGUGCUCAGGCAGCUCAAUGGCCAGCUGUAUUGAUUCUGUACAAUCUCCAGACUGAACCCUGCCCCAGAAAGUGACUUUGGGCUCGCUGUGGCCUCUCAGGGUCACAUUAGCCAGUUGCGUCAUCCACAAUGCAGUACUUACCCCCACCUUCAAUGUGAAGCGCUUUGGGCGUCUUGAAAAGCGCUAUAAAAAAUGUAAUAGUUAUUAUUACCUCAGCUUGUAAAUGAUACAGAGGCUACAGUUGGAUCACAUCUACCUAACUCACUAAGAAAAAAAGCUGCAUCAGCUUGAUUGGAUGUAAAAAUAUGACUCCAUCCUGAUCUCAUUUUACAAAACCACACAACCUGAUAUUUGGAUGAUUGAUGCCCAAUGUAUUGUUUAUUCAUGUUCCCUAAACCUUUUCCUCCUGGUAAAUCAAUAAGAAAAAGGUUUGCUCACCUGACAAAGAAGCUAUGUAGAGGUGAGAGAGCAAUAGAACUAUUGUAACUGCAUAUUAUUUCAGCCUCUCUGCAGCAGACAGAAUUGACUAUGCCCAUGAGUCAAAUUGGGGCUCAUAGCCAGUUUGGCAAAUUUCUAGCAAGAAGGCUUGUCUUUACAGGUUCAGUCUGAAGACAAUAGUUCUAUAAACAAUAUUGAUUCAAACAGCAUGAAGCUCUUAAGUUUGUUAAACAUAAAAAAAAUUGCCAUGAUGUUUAAGUUGUAGAGAUUCUGUAGAAAUAAAAAGUGUAAAUGAAUCGUCACUUAUAAAGAAUAGAAUAAGCUAAUCAGUUCAGCUAGAGGGUUUCCGUGGGUGUCCACUAAAGAGCUCCUGUAAUGAGGCCAGUACAGAAGAGUGUGAUGUUGAACUCUUUCGCAUCUUAUUGUUUCCAACUAUUUCAGUGGACCGUUAACAAAGAUAAUUGAUGGGAGAGUAGAUCCACUAACUAAAAUUGUACAAAUUUUUCACAACAAUUUAAAAGGUACAUGUAGGCGUGCGGGUAGCGUGAUCCUCCCACGCGCUACGUCUCCCUGGUGAAACUCCUCACUGUCAGGUGACAAGCAGCUGGCAACUCCGCAUGUAUCGGAGGAGGCACGUGGUAGUCUGCAGCCCUCCCCGGAUCAGCAGAGGGGGUGGAGCAGCGCCCGGGACAGCUUGGAAGAGUGGGGUAAUUGGCCGGAUACAAUUGGGGAGAAAAAAAAAGGGGGGGUUAAAAAAAAGGUACAUUUAGUGUAAAUCAAUCUUUAUCAGGGAGCGCUGGUGAAAAGUAUUGUGAUCAAGAGCUUAGCUUUCAUAUUGAUGUUAAAAUCAACCAAGAGACUCGUUACUUACAUUUGCAGUGGUUUGAGUUGACAGGCUAAAUGAGGGUCUAUAGCUUUACUUUGGCUAUCUCUGGCUUUGAUAGGAAAUGGUCAUUCCUCUUGUUCUAAUACUUGUGGAGCAGUAAAUGAUUUGCCACCAUCAUCAUGUAAAAUCACCUUUCAGACUAGCAAGGGUUGAUCUUUUCUGACGAAUACCUCCCCCCAUAGUCCCAUAUGUCUCGAGAGAAUAUAGUGCAGACAAAAAGACUCUUUGAACCAAAACAGGGCCAGAGAAAUCAUGACAGCCAUGACAAAGCACAACUUUGUUUUGAAUGCAAGGGGGUGUUAUCUUUUUGACAGUUGACAUGCAGUACCUCAUUUUCAGGAAGUUUUGACAAUUUUGUUUGUAGCAACAAAGCUUUGUAAAACCUGGGCAGAUUUUUCACAUAAGUGAUUGCCAACAGUGCCCAGAAACAUUUCCAGGAAUCCUUUUUUUUUUUUACUUUCAUUUUUAUGCUGUUUUUUUUUUUUUAAGAUUAUUUUAUACCUUUAUUGCAUAGUGACAAUGGAGGCAGGCAGCAAAUGGAGAGAGAGCGAGAAAGAGAGGGAAGGGUAUGACUUGCAGCAAAGUUCGCCGCCUGGAUUUGAACCGGCAACGUUGCGACCAUGUGGUAUUCAUGUAACCAUUUGGCUGCAGAGGUGCCCUAAAUGUUGUUUUUUUUUACUUCUAAGAAUUUAACUAGUAUAUCUCCAAAUGUGAUUUCAACAAUCAUAAAAAGAAAUGUAACAAACUGUUGUGCUUGCUGUUGGAAGUGAUAAAGAAGGUGAGCGGCUGGGAGUUUUUAGGAAACAGCUACUUUGUUAUAGUCGGAUAUUUUGCUGUAUUUGUAGCACAAUGGUGUUGUCUCCAUCUGUACAACCAGUGUGCCUGUGAUUCAAAGAACAUUUGCCCCAAUUUGUAUUCUUGUCUGGGGCAACAUUCUGAUUGCAGUUCAUGUUGGCGGAUCAAGAAAACAGCUGGAAAUAUUCAAUCCAAUUAUGUAAAGAGAAACGUUAAAGACGUGACAAAAAUUGAGGUAAAUAAAUGAAUUUAAAAUGACCUGAAAUCAAAAGCGUGAAUAGCUGUCCAUGGUUAGUAAUAAACAUUAGUCCAGUGUUAAAAGCUGACGAGGCAACAGACUUGUUUGAUGAAAUUUCAGAGUAUUAAAGAAUGCAAGAUCUUCAAACGAAACACGAAUGUUUUACUGAGAUUUUCACUGUGAGCUCAGGAAAUCUUGCAAUAAACAAACCGUGACUUGGUUUUAUGGCCAAGCUUUAAAAAAAAAAAAAGGGAAAAAAUCUUUGCCAUUUCAGGACAAUGACUAGUGCAUCAGUGCUGAUAUAAGCAAGUGUGUUCACUUUGUUUUGCAGACGCUGUCAACAUAGUGUUAUUUUUUUUAUAAAUACACUUUCAGUUGAAAAUCAA